UUGAAUAGAGAACACAGCGAGUUUGCAGAAAACUCAGAUAGUAGCCAUGGGAGGGAAGGAUAUAGGGCAGGAAGAAGCGGGGCGAGGAGGAAGGAAGGAAAGGGAAGAUGAAGAAGGCCGCUUCUUACUGGGCCGUCCCACCUUCACAUCCAUGGGAAACGGGCGCUUCAAAUGCACAGAGACCGGCCACGAGGUUCUGGCCAAAGACAUGGAAUCCUACGGAAACAGCAAGCGCUGCCGUUUGGGCCUCAUAGACGUCGCUCUCCUUCACAAGAAGCCUCCUCUCAACUUGUUCGAGCAACAUUCCGUCUCCAAAUCAAAGCUCAUAUGUAAGCUUACUAAAGAUACCAUCAACAAGUCUGAGGAACAUAUUUGGAAGCACAUAAGUGGGAGAAGAUUCCAAAACAGAUUAGAACAAAAGGAAUUAGAAAUCAAGACAUCAAAAGGAACGGUAGAGCAGGCUGAUGUGUUAUCACUCAAGGCAUCAACGUCAGAUAUAAAUGGUGUCAAGAAGGUUCGAAAUAAUAAGGUAGGCAAGGGUGAUUCCCCUACAAAGAAACCCAUAGACAACAACAGUGACACAGAAGAACCUGACAACAACAGUGACAUAGAAGAACCUGACAACAACAGUGACACAGAAGAACCUGACUUCUGGAUGCCUCCUAUUGGAAAUCGUUGGGACUUAGAUGAUGGAAAUGAUCGUUGGGGAUCUUGUACAAAUUUGGCUCAUGAAACAGAUGAAGACGCAGGAAUAGUUAAGGCAGAUGAAGCUGAAUGUGAUGCCACUGAAUCAGAGUCUCUCUCCAAGAGGACCAAGCGGAUGUCCAUAGCAGUGGGACCCAGUAGCUUUGCCUCAAGGAAGAAGAAGAGUAAGAAGACAGGCUGUGAUCAGUAAUUGAGGUAUACAAACAUGAGUUUCUAUAUCUAAUGGUUCUCAUAUAGAUUACAAUCUCUGGAAGGCUAGAAACUACAAAUCGAUCUGAUUUGCUUCUUGUGAAUCGUCCUGUAUUCGGUGAGACAGGAUUUGAAAUGGGGACUCGAGAAGCUGGGGACAAGCCUAUGAUGAUGAUGGUGGUGACAAUGAUGAAAUGCUCAUAUGUGGGAAUUCCUAAAGGAAAUUUGAAAUUUGCGCUUUAUUGUA